UUUCUUAUAUUUUUGCAAAUAUUAGUGUAUAUUUUCUUGUUACUGAUAAUGAAUAAUCUAAUUAUAAUAACUUUAACAAGUUUAUUACAACAACUAUCAUUUUGUUUCUAUGAUAAUCCUUGUGAUAUUCCAGAAAAUUCUCGUAUUAGAAUUGGAGGUAAAAAGUCAAUCAUUUAAUAAAUUAAAACAUUGAAAAAAUAAACAAUCUGUUUUUUCGAGAUUCAUCAAUUAUGGUAUCAAAUUGUAAUUCUGGGUUUCAUUGUUAUGAUUCUGGAUAUGGAUGCUUCCUCAAUCGUUUUCAAAGAUCUGGUUUUAUGCUCAUAGAAGCUCAUGAUUGUGCAUCAAAUGACAUUUUAAAUGUAAGCCAUCAGUCACCAACACAUUGUACAGAUUCGUGUUCAACAGAACCUAGUUGUAUAGCAACUACAAUUUCUGUGAACAACAGCUGUUUUUUAAAACACAAAUGCAUGUUGCCUGAGAGCAAUAGUCAAGUAUUUCUACAUAUACGUUUAAGAGAUAAUAGGCUAACAUGUUUCAUUGGUGGAUUAAAUGGAGGACAUCAAAAUACUUAUGAAUUUCACGAGAAAGAAACAGCUAUUGCAACAGCAAUAGCUGAUGGGAAAACUCUAGUAUACAGACAAAAUAACAUAAGACUAAAGACUUCACAAACGUUACAAGAUAUGAAAGAUGAUUAUGAAAAAACUGUGUGUUUUGUUGGUAAUAUGAUAAAAGAUGACUCAACUGGAUUAAUAACAUUUCAAUAUAAUCAUAUUCUAUUUGAUAAGCAACAAGACACUUGUCAUAUUUUUAAAAAACAAUUAUUCAAAGUUAGAUUUCCAUGGCCAACAUCAAAUAAAGUUGAGAGUAACUUUAAAGUUGAAAUCUUUGGCCAACAACUGUUUUGUAUUAAUGAUAAACAAACUUUUGAAAAUAAAGGAAUUCAUGUUUACACACCAAUUGAUUAUCAAGUAACUGCUGAAUUUAAUGGCAACUUUGUCAGUUGUUCACUAACUGCUCAGAACAGUACAUUUUGUAAUUACAGUUGUCUUUGUAAUUCUGUUUGUCAAGCAGUUUAUAUUGUUGGCUAUGAUCAAUUUCAAACAAUGAAGAUUUGUGAAAUUACCAUAUUUUAAAAAUUCAAAAGUUUAAAAUUAAUAUAUUCUAUGAAAAUUAAGUUAUCAACCCAUGCUUUGGUAAAUCAAUAAAAUGAAAUGCAUUUCCAAAACAUGUCAGUCUCCAAUCUUUAAAUGUAUAAUAAACAAUACUAUUAGAUUAGAACUAAUUUACUCAAUACAUAUUCUAUUGACA